CCGCGCUCCCCACACAAAGGACGCGCUGGGAAAUGGCGGCGGCCGCGGCCUCGCAAAACGCCCCCGGGAAAAUGGAGCCGCCCCCGGCGGCGGCCGCGGCGGCAGCGGCGGCUCCGCCAGCGCCCAACGGGGCGGCCGGCGCGGGGGGGCCGCCCCCUAAGAGCGAAGGCGAGCGCCCGACCCCCAAUGAGAAGAAGAAGGAGAAGGGGAUGAAGAGGGGAGGGAACCGCUUCGAGCCCUACGCCAACCCCGCCAAGAGGUACCGAGCCUUCAUCACCAACAUCCCCUUCGACGUCAAGUGGCAGUCCCUGAAGGACCUGGUCAAAGAGAAAGUUGGUGAGGUAACAUACGUGGAGCUCUUAAUGGACGCUGAAGGAAAGUCAAGGGGAUGCGCGGUGGUUGAGUUCAAGAUGGAGGAGAGCAUGAAGAAGGCUGCUGAAGUUCUGAACAAGCACAGUCUUGGUGGGAGACCCCUGAAAGUGAAAGAAGACCCCGACGGGGAGCACGCCAGGAGGGCCAUGCAGAAGGUGAUGGCAGCAGGAGGGAUGGGCAUCGGGCCCGGCCCUGGUGGCCCUGGCAUGAUCAACAUCCCUCCCAGCAUCCUGAACAACCCCAACAUCCCCAACGAGAUCAUCCACGCCCUGCAGGCCGGCCGCCUCGGCAGCACCGUCUUCGUGGCCAACCUGGACUACAAGGUGGGCUGGAAGAAGCUGAAGGAGGUGUUCAGCAUGGCUGGGGUGGUGGUGCGGGCCGACAUCCUGGAGGACAAGGACGGCAAGAGCCGCGGCAUCGGCACCGUCACCUUCGAGCAGGCCAUCGAGGCCGUGCAGGCCAUCUCCAUGUUCAAUGGGCAGCUGCUCUUUGACAGACCCAUGCACGUCAAAAUGGAUGAACGAGCCUUCCCCAAGGGAGAUUUCUUCCCUCCAGAGCGACCCCAACAACUCCCUCAUGGUCUUGGUGGUAUUGGCAUGGGAUUAGGACCUGGAGGUCAACCUAUUGAUGCAAAUCAUUUAAACAAAGGCAUGGGAAUGGGCAACAUGGGACCUGGAGGAAUGGGCAUGGAAGGCAUGGGCUUUGGAAUGAAUAAAAUGGGAGGAAUGGAAGGUCCCUUUGGUGGCAUGGAGAACAUCGGCCGCUUCCCCGCCGGGAUGAACAUGGGCAGGAUGAGCGAGAUGGAUCGGGCCAUGGGAGGGGGAUUUGAGAGGGAGUUUGGAAGAAAUGAGAUGGGAAUGUCCCGGAGUUUUGGAGAGACCUUGGAGAGGGGAAUAGGUGGUGGCAACGCCAGCAUCCCCGGCAUCGAGAGGAUGGCCCCUGGCAUCGAGCGCAUGGGCUCGGGCAUCGAGCGGCUGCCGGCCGGGAUGGGGCACGGCAUGGAGCGGGUGGGCUCGGACAUAGACAGGAUGGGGCUGGUGCUGGACCGCAUGGGCUCCAACGUGGAGCGCAUGGGCUCGGGCAUGGAGCGCAUGGCCCCGCUGGGCAUCGACCACCUGGCGCCCAACCUGGAGCGCAUGGGGCCGGGCAUGGAGCGCAUGGGGCCGGGCAUGGAGCGCAUGGGCUCCGGCAUCGGCUUCGGCAUUGAGCGCAUGGGCGCCGCCAUCGAGCGCGUGGGCGGCGCCAUGGACAGGAUGGGCUCGGGCGUGGAGCGCAUGGGGGCGGGCAUGGAUAGGAUGGGCAUCGGCCUGGAGCGCAUGGUGCCCGCCGGCAUGGGCGCGGGCAUGGGGCAGGUGAUAGAGAGGAUGCCCGCGGGGCUGGAGCGCAUCGGGGGCCCGCCCAUGGACAGGAUCGGGAUAGAGAGGAUGGGAGCCGCCCCCAUGGACAGGAUGGGCCUGGAGCGCAUCGGGGCCGCCAACAUGGAGAGGAUGGGGCCGCCCAUGGGGCAGGGCAUGGGGGCGGGCAUGGAGCGCAUGGGGCUGCCCAUGGGCAGCAACUUCGAGCGGCCCAUGGACAUGGAGCGGGGAAACUUCGCAGGGAAUUUUGCAGGGUCCCUGGGAGGAGCCGGAGGCCCUGCGCCCGGCGUGGCCCGGAAAGCCUGUCAGAUAUUUGUGAGAAAUCUGCCUUUUGAUUUUACAUGGAAAAUGCUGAAAGAUAAAUUCAAUGAAUGUGGCCACGUGCUCUACGCUGACAUCAAGAUGGAGAACGGCAAGUCCAAGGGCUGCGGCGUGGUGCGCUUCGAGUCGCCCGAGGUGGCGGAGCGCGCGUGCCGCAUGAUGAACGGGCUGCAGCUGCGCGGCCGCGAGAUCGACGUGCGGAUCGACCGCAACGCCUAGGCACCGCUGCAGGGCUGCGCCGCUGCAGGGCUGUGCUGCACCUCGGCAGGGCUGCGCCACCGCACCGCUGCAGGGCCGCACCACUGCGGGGCUGCGCCGCUGCCCUGCGCCACUGCCCCGCUCCUCCUCCUCUGACUGGAUGUAAAGCUGUUCAGCCCGACCCGGUUGCUUUCUGGAGUAAUUUUAAGUCCUUUUUUUAACCGAGGGAGCCCCGUUUUACUGGUUUUUUGCAUUGGAACUGCCAUGUGCACAAUCUUUUUUUGUAGUUGUGGCAUUUCGUUGACCUGACAGAUGUAAACAGUCUGACUUUGAUAAUAAAUGCCAGUUCAGUAUUUCA